CGCAAAGUUAAACCGGAAAGUAAAUAAUUAUGGAGAAAAGUGAGAAACCUUAGGUCUAGAUGAGUAGAUGUAGAAUCUAGAUCUAGACUCUAGCUAGAUCUAGAUCUAAUGUUGUUAAAAAGAACUACAACAUAAUCAAGAUUUAUUUUCCUGCUUGGUAGAAUAAUAUUCUAUAGUUUUAGUGCCUACAAAGAACUUUUAUCAUUCUAAUUUUUAGUAGAAAUAAGUAAAAAAAAAUUCAAAUUGGCAUAUUUUAUUUUUAGUGGUUUGAUACUUUCCAAUUAAUAUUGACAUACUGUUUUAGCCUUUUGCAAGAAUCUAUCUGUAAAAAAUGUAAAACAUGGAGAAAUGAUUUAAUUUAGGUAGUUAGCAGUUACAUUAGAAAUACUAGUUUCCUAGGGUGUGUACAAUGGUCAAAUAUUUCAAAUUUAUAUAUUAACAAUAACACCAGCUUAAAGACUUGAAAAUGAGCAUGGAUAUACCACCUUGGAAUUUGCUACAGUUUGUUAUUCUUUGUAUGUAUACAUGCUACUUAUCUUUUUUCUUAUCUCCAAAUGGUGGAAUCACUGUUGUAGCUGUUUACAUACCUCUGAUCCUUUUAUCUGUACCUGCUGUAUUUGUACAGCUAAAACUUGGUGGCUAUCUUCAAAAAGGUGUACUUGGAAUUUUCUCCAUGUUUUUUCCUUUCUGGAAAGGAGUGGGUAUUGCUGCUCUCAUUGACUUGCUUUUUCUGGUAUCAUCAAUUGCUCCUCUUGUGGCUCAGUUAGGAACAUAUGCCUUUAUUGCUAUAUCCAGUGAGAAUUAUGCUUGGGGCUCAUGCGAAUAUGUUAAGCACAUAACAUCAGAAAAUGAAGCAUGUUUUCAAGGGCUGGCUAAAAGUGAAGUUGGGCGCACAUUGCAUAGGCCAGAAGAGAUUUUUUACAAGCGAGAAUUUCUUCAAAUUUCGAGGGCCAUUGAAAACAUUGAUGGAUUUCCACAAUGGAGGUUUACAGAUCUAGCUCGCAGAGCUGAAAUUUCGCUGAUGCCAGUUACUCUGGCAAUUGUUUGGGUUUUGAUUACCCUUUUUGUUGGAUUUGGAGCUAGAGUUUGUGGCUGGAUUCUAUUUCUUGUAGGACCUGCAGCGUUAGCUUGUCUUCUUACUGUUCUUGGAUAUGGAUAUCAGAAGUUAGAUAACAGCCACUCUGUAGAAUAUUUGAAAAAACUUUAUGUCUUCAAAGAUCAGGAUAACAUUUUUAAUAGCUGGUUGGAGGGAUUUAGAAUUCUCAUCUACUCCUUUCCAAUGUGGACUCCAAUUUGUUGUACAAUGGGUAAAUUUUGUGGGAGAAGUCAGAAAAUACGCAAUUUGACGUGGGUUAUACUGGUUGUUGUUUUUUUGCUGGUCAGUCAACUACCUAAUCUAACGAUGGCUCCAUUUCUUGGAAAUUUGCACAAUAAAUUUAAGGAUAAUCCAGUCCAAGUCAAAUUUACUGAUGGCAUUGAUAGAAUCAUGUGGCAAAUGCCAGCAGCAUUUACAAUACUUGAAGUUCCUAAUGCAUAUGGCUUUAUCUUCUUCCUGUCUGCAUUUUUAUUUACCCUAAUGUUUUUGUGCAUUGGGACCCUGACCAUUGUUGAUAACAUCCUUGACUCAAUAAAACUUUGGAUUGAAAGACAUGCUUGUAGCAAAAUAGCUGUCAACUUGCUCAUUACUUUUCUUGUCAUGCUUGUUUCAAUGGGCAUAGGUAUAAUCCAAACAACCAAGGCUGGCCAUUAUUUUUACUUGCUUUUUGCACAGUCCAUGGAUAAACUUCGUUUCUUACUAAUAAUUCUGUUAGCUUUUGGUUUAUUAGUUGUUUAUGUGAAACAAAAUUUUGGUCUCAUUGAGCGUAUUGUAAUGGGUUUCUGGUCCACCUUAUCAUCUAUACUAUGCUCGGGUCUAUGGCUCUAUCAUCUAUAUUACCAGUUAGACAAACAUUCAGCUAAUAUUCGCUUCGAUUCAAUCACUUCGAAAGAAAGCAAAAGUGCUUAUUUUCAGUCAGAAUGGACAUGGGUCAGCUGGGCAAUAGCUGGCUUCCCAUUUAUUGGACUACUACUGGGAGGCAUACAUGCUUGUUUUUCAGCAUGUAAGGAUUCAUCUGGGAAGUGUAGAAAACUCUGUUGUGGUGUUACAGAGCGUGUUAGGGAACAGAAUGGAGAUGAAUUUAUACCACCAACUCUCAUUCCUUCUGAGCCCAGUGCACCGCCAUAUAUGUACAGUUACAUGGACCGUACUAUCAAUGGAUCAGGAAGACGAGAUGAUUAUCAUUUAGAUCAUUAUAAACUGGAUUAUGAUGUUCCUGAAGCUGAACCACUGACUCGAAAUGACAGGUCAACUAGAAUUUAAAAGAUUUUCAGUGUUUUUGUGUCCUGUGAUACUGUAUGUUUUUGCUGUACUUGUAAGCUUUAAAAAUUAUUUUAAUUUAAUCCGUGCAAACAUGAUAUAUAAAAUCAUUGAUAAGGAAAAAAAAUUUGCUUAAAAAAAAUUGAAAACCAUUGUUAAAUUAGAUGUCUGUUUUAUUUAUGGAUUAUCAUUUUAAAGUUAAAUUUUAAAAUGUACUUUUAGUGUAUAAUUUAUUGUGUAAUAAAAUGGAAAAUGUAUUGUCACAAUUAAAGAAAGUUGUUUAAAAGCGCAAUCUCUGUACUGAUGUUUGUAUCAUUAGUAGUUUUGUACCACUAGAUUUGUUAAUUACAUAAAAUUUUUCACCUAAUCAUUUAAAUACAUCUUCUAAAAUCAGAAUGCAUCUAAUUUUUAUGUAUUUAAAAUAUUAGUAUUAGCUUUUAUGAAUCAGUUGGAAACAUUGUUUUUUAAAUUUGUGUAAACACUAUGUUUACUAACAUUCUGAUGAAUUUUUAUUUUCUAUGUAUAAUUUUAUAUGCUAUAUUUAUUUUCAAAAUCUAUCCUGCUCAUUCCAAAGAUGGUUAUUUGUUCUUUUUUAUGUUUAUGAGCAAAAUCAAUUUUAUCAAUUAUCUUUUUUAAGUAUAUUAAUGUAGAAAAAUCUUAUAAUAAUUUAUUUUGCAACUAUCAAUUAGUGAUUAUAAGCUGUUCUAAAAUAUCUUGAAAUGUAUGUGAAUUAAAAUUACAUGUAUAAAUUGUCAAAUUUUAUUGAGUUUGUUCAUGUUAGUGGUGCAAAACCACUUUUGUAUCAUUUGAUAUCGUUAUAAAAAAACGUAUUACAUGACAUAUUAAGUUGCUUAAAGAAACUCUUUUAUAAUACAAAUAAUGACUACAAGAAUCUACAUAUAUUUUGUGAUUCCUGUUCUUGGAUUUUUUUUAAAAUCCAUUUUUUUAAAUGCUUCAUUACAUUAAUUUAAAUUGAAACAUUUUCACUAGUCACUACUUUUUAUGCAUUAAUUAAACUUUUACUUUGUAAAAAAUUUCUAUAAUUCUGGCUCACUCUGUAGUGUAUAAAAAUAUAUUAGUGCAUUAUAAUUUUAUAAAAGUUGUAACAAUGUGAAGUUACCUAGCUCCGACACUUUUAUUUUGAAUUUUAAUUAAAAAAAACUUUUCAGUUCAUAAUUCACAAAAAAAACUUGUGAACCGUCCAGCUAAAUUAUGACAACUUCUUAAAAGCUAUCAUACAAGUAAGUUGAGCAGAUGCAGUUUAACCUCUGAUUUUUUUUUUAAUGAAAGCUUUCAAAUAGAAAGAAAACAGUCCUAAUCAAGAAUCUUGCUCACAGGGUAGUAUUUUAGUGAUAAUUUAUCAGUAUGGUUUUAUUUAUUUUGUAUAUUUUUCAUUCAUGUUUUGGAAUGUGUGGUAACAUCUGGAUCUGCUGCAUCUGACUUUUUAAAAAAAUUUUACCAUUUUAAUUCUCAGAUUUAGAAGUCAAUUGAUAAUUGAAAAAUUUACAUUCUUAAAUAAAAUAUAUUAAUUACUAUUUUUUUUUUAGCUGAGCUCAUUUAAUUGUUUUCUUAUAUACAGAUUUAGAAAAAAUAAAUUUUAGAAUAUCAAAUAGAAAACAUUUUUAUUUUACAUAUGAAAUUAUUAUUAUAUAAAUAUUAUACAUUUGAAAUGUUUGCCAUUUUAUUUGAAUGUGAAAGCGUACAUUUUAUUGCUAAAUAAUGUUUUAUGUGUUCCAUUCCAUUUUUGGUUUGUCUUUUUGUGUGCAUUAUAAGAUGUUGCAUGUCACACAGCUUUCGGCUUUUAAAUUAUUUAUUUUCAUUACAUAUUUGUUGCAUUCUCUUAUCCUUCCCAUUUCUGCGACUUUCAUUUCUGAAUUGUACUGAGCAUCUAAUGACACCAGUUUGGUUAGCCCUAAUAUUAAUAACAGCUUUUGUAUUGGCCGCCUCUAUAAAAUAAAUUUGGCCCCUUUUCACACAUAAGUAUUCUUGAGAAUAUUGGUGUUGUUACCAAUAUAAAAUCUUUGGGCAGAAAUGAAUUGUAAAAAAAAUAUUUUUGUUAAAAUAUAAUUCUUUGUUGCUUUUCAAACAUGAGUAGGCCUAAUAAAUCAUGUUUUUAAUCUGAAGAUGUUACAGAAGCAAAAAAUCAUGUUAAUUAUGAAAAAUAUCUAAAAAAUAAUAAUUUAAAUGUCACAUGUUACAUGGUUUAUUAUGUACUUAUUCUACUUUAAUGAAAUGGUUUUAUUUCUAACCUAUAGACAUGUAUUUUAAUUUUUCUGUUCCAUUCCCCCUUUCCUAAUCACAUUUCCUGCAUAUGUUUCUAAUAUAAAAAUAAAAUAAAGGAUUUGACCUUUCACCACAGUAUUGGGGCAGAAUGUUUAUUUAAAAGAGAAUUGAUAAAACUUAGUUUCAUUUUUUAAUAAUACAAAGUCGCGGCUUUUUAAAAAAAAAAUUUAUUUUUAGCUGGGAAACCUCUAUUUGAUGAUAAAUGGCUUAGGGUUAACUAUUGAAGUAACUUUUUAUUUAGAAAUCUUAAUAAAAUUAGUAUUUGAAUCACAUGUUAACUAAUGAUAAGAUAAAUUAGCCAUUCAAUUGGUUGUCAGCAUUAAAUCUAUAUGACAAAAUAUCUAGAACAUUUAAUCCAUCAACUGGUUACAAAGGUAGUCCUGUUUUCCUGAUUGACAUUACUAUAUUCACUUAAUUAGUUUUCUACAUCUUGAUUCAAUUUUGAGAAAUAACUACUUAUUGUAAAUUGCUCAUGACAUUUUUAUUUACCCUCUGCAUACAUAGCAAAAUGUUAUAUAGAACCACAGCAAAUUGUUAACUAGUUAUAUAGAAUAAAUAGAAUAGCGGUCUUAGUGUAAAUUGUUUAAUAGUGGUUUUCCUUUAAUUUUUUGUUAAACUACACAUUGUUAUUUCUAAUGGCAAAGAGCAGCUAUACACUUUACUGAAAACUACAUAAAUUGGGACUUCAAUUUGGGGCAUCAAUUAAUCAUACAUUAUCCUAAGAAUUUUGUCAUAUGUGCAUCAUUUAUUUGAAACAUGCACAAACACUAUUUCAUGCAGAAACUGUGAUAUACUUUAAUACUCAAUCUUUUUAAUUAUGAAUAUUGAACAUAGCCAUCUUAAAAACAGGUCACUCAUUCCAUUUAAGUUGUAAGAUUCAAUUUAUAGGGCAAACAAAAUUUCCCAUUUCUUUGGCUGUCAUUCAACAUGUUAUAUGAUGCACCAUUGGUUUAUUCUGCCCCUAGGCGGGUGUCAUAUGUGCAAUAUAAAAUCAAUUUUGUUUUGGUUUAUGCACUGAUAAAUACUUAUUAGAAUUUUUUAAAUUUACCCACUCAUUCAUUCACUUUUUUCUUCAUUCAUUUUCACAAACCCAUAAAGCUUUUACAAAAUUUAUUUGAUUUAAUGCAUGAAAUUAUAAUAUUAUUAUUAUAAUAUGUAGCUUACUAAAACAUGAUUUUCUUAAAAAGAUCCAUCAAAUAAAAAUG